AUGUUGAAGCAGCUCUUAAAAGGUCAAGCAGAUGGUGCUAUGGAGACAAGCAAGAAGUUGGCUGAGAUGAACUCUAAGAUUGAAUCCUUGAACACUAGAGUUCACUCUUUGGAACACCAUGCUUCUUCUUCUGCUGCUAAGCAAGGUCAAUUUCCUGGAAAGGUUGUUCAGAAUCCAAAGGAGCAUUGUAGAGCGAUCUUCACUCAAGAGGAAGGAUUUGAUCAACAAGCUGCUAAUGAGAAGGAUAUUGAGGAGAUCUGUAUGCUGCUUAAUAAUGAAGACAAUGUUGUUGCUGAUGCUCCUGGAGUCCAAUACGCUCAACCUGAAGUGCAAGCUCCUCAGAUAGCUAUCCACGCUUCACCGGUUGAGCUCGCACAACAAGCUCGAUUGGCAGCUCGAUCGAGCCAGACCGUCUCACCAGCUCGAUCGAGUCAGAUGCUUUAUGCUCCAACACCAUCUGAUGAUGACACCUACAAGCCCCCUGUUCCAUUUCCAAGUAGAAUCCUUACCAAGAAUCAGAAAAUGUCAUCACCAACUUUAGGAAUGACAUGA